AUGAGCUACCGCACCACCCCCACCACAUCCACAGGAGUGAGCCCGGCAGAAAUGCUCAUGGGGCGUAAGAUUCGCACCACACUGCCAUCUCUAAAGAAAAACCUCAUUCCAAUGCAGCCAAACCGUGACCUCAUCCGUCGCCGUGAUGAAGAAGCCAAACAACAACAGGCAUUCUACUACAACCGGAGACACGGAGCGAGGGACUUGCCACCCUUGCACACAGGUGACCACGUCCUGUCCAAGCUGGACGGGGAGAAGGUGUGGAAAGGUCGAGCAUCGGUGCAGCAGGAGUGCGGCACGCCGCGCGCAUACCAGGUGAAGUUGCCAGGAGGAGGAGAGAUGAGGAGAAACAGGCGUCAUCUUCAACAAGUGCCGCCACUGAUGGAAGAGGAGAACACAGACUCUGGGCAACCUGCCACAGAGCAAGAGCAAGAAGCACCACAACACGGCUCUGACCAGGGACUGUGUGAGAGUAAUGUUAAGAGUCCUACAAUGACCAUCUCUCAGCUUAAAGCGGAGCUGGGCAAAGGGCCUCAGGAAGCAGCCGUGUACUCACAGCAGAUCCACCAGCUCCAGGACCGCCUUAACCAGCUACAGCAACACAACCAGGUCAUGUCUGAGAAGUUGGAACGUGAAGAGAGCAAGCACCAGGAGGCACAGAAGCAGCUGUCGUCUGAGAAGUCCUCAAAGAAAAACCUGGAGGAUCGACUGCGAGAGCGAGAGAUGGAGGUCCACGAGCUGCAAACCAGGGCCUCGGCGGCGGAGGCUUCUCUGCAGGAGGCUCAGGGAGAGCUCAGGGAGAGACGGGAGGAGGUGGGGAGGUUCAGGAAGGAGGUCACAGAGCUGGAGGUGAGGCACGCAGAGCUGAAGGCCGAGAGGAAGCAGCUGCAGCACCAGAGAGAGGACAAGGAGAACCAAGGAGCACAGCAGCAGGCCCAGAUCAGCCAGCUUCAUGCUAAACUGCUGGAGACGGAGCGGCUCUUGGGGGAGGAGCAGGGACGACUGAAGGAGCAGAGAACACUGUCCAGCGAGAAACUCAAGGAUCGAGAACAACAGGCGUCAGAUCUACAGCUGCAGCUCUCCAGGGCAGAGGAGCAGCUGAAGGAGUGUGUGAGCAGAAACACAGAUGUGCAGCAGCAGUUGGAGAAAGCAAAGCAGCAGCAGCAGGAACUACAGGGACUUCAUCAGAGCACAACAGGGAGACUGAGGGAAGCACAGAACGACCUGGAGCAGGUUUUGAGGCAGAUCGGGGACAAAGACCAGAAGAUCCAGAACCUGGAGGCUCUGCUGCAGAAGAGCAAAGACAGCGUGACGCAGCUGGAGACAGAGAGAGAGACCCUCUGUCUGAAGAUCCAGGCGGGAGAAGGAGAGAGCGCACUGAUGCAGCAGCUGAAGGACAAGACCCAGACCCUGCAGGACCAGGUGUCGCAGGUGUCGGAGAAACUGAAGAAUCAGUCUGAGAGCCACAAACAGGCGCAGGACAAUCUGCACAAACAGAUUCAGGAUCACAAAACACAGCUGCGCUCGGCUCAGGACCAAGCCCAGACCUUAGAGACCUCUGUGAGAGACCUCAGCACCCAGCUGUCAGAGAGCAGGGAGAAGGGGAUCCAACUCGAGUCCCAGCUCAAAGCAAAGACAGAGCAGUUGUUGUCGAUGGAAGCAGCAAAAUCUUCACUGAAAACAAAUCUGGAAAACAGUUUGGAGACGACUCAACACGCUCUGCAGGACAAAGACCAGGAGGUCCUCAAACUGCAGAGAGAAGCCGAGGAGCAGAUGCAGAAACUGAAAGAGAGAAAAGAGCAGUGUCUUCAUCUGGAAACAUCUGUGAAGGACUUCAAAGACAAACUGUCAAUCUCUGAGCAGACACUGGAGCAGCUGCAAGGUCUGAAGAAGAAGCUGGAAGUUCAGGUGUCGGAGCUGGAGGCGGUGAGAGAGGAGCAGCAGCAGGAGCUGCAGAAGCUGCAGAAAAACGAGUCUGAGCUGAAGAAGAAAGAGAAGCAGACCCUGCAGCUGCUGCAGAAGGAGAAGGCCGGAUCUCUGACGCUUCAAGACGAGCUCCAGAAGAAGUCUGCGGCUCUCGCUGAGCUGCAACAGCGACUCCAUCUCUCAGAGAAGGAGAAGUUCACUCUGAACCAGAACCUGGACCGAGCCACGCAGGAGGGGAGGGGCCGUGAGGCCGAGCAGGAAACGAAGGUCCAGAGUCUGACCUCAGAUCUGCUCUCGGCUCGAAAAGAGAAGGACUCUCUCCAGAGCGAGCUACUGGUCCUUCAGGAGAACCUUAACAAGGCUCACAAGGCCACGAUGGAGACCCAGGACCAGCUCCAGAAGGAACGCAGCACCCACCAGGCAGCUGUGGCCCAGAAGGACAAGAGCAGUGAGAAGACCAAACAGGAGCUAACGAAGGCUAACGAGGCUCUGUCCAAAGGUCUGAAGGAGGCGAAGGAGCAGCUGGAGAAAAGCAAACAGGAGGAGAAGACGCUGAGGGAUCAGCUGAGCUCGUUACAAGAACAAUGCUCCAAAAGUGAGGAGAGAUUAAAGGAAAAGGUGAAGGAGGUGCACAGAUUACAGGCUCAGAUGAAAGAAGCACACAGCACUUUGGAGGAGGAGCGGCAGCAGGUGUCGCAGCUGCAGGAGGCGGUGGCACAGAAGGCAGUGGAGGAGCAGCAGCAGAAGUCCCAGGUGUCGGUCCUGGAGCAGACUCUGUCCUCAGAGAGAGCCACAGCCUCGGAGCUGAAGACGUCUCUGAAGGAAAACCAGGAGGCUCUGAACAAAGUGCAGUCGGAUUUGUUUGGAUCCCAGUCCGAGGCGUCAGCGCUGAGGCAAGACCUGCAGGUGUCCAGAGAGAAGCUGAAAGUGGCUCAGGAGGAUGUGGCUUCAAACCAAAAUCAUCAGACGAACCUCGAGGCUCAGAUCCAGGAACUAAAGUCUGGAAGAAAGUGUGUGGAGCAGGAGCUGAGCCAACGGGAGCAGAAGGUCCUCCUCCAGGAGCAGCUUCUGCAGGAGCAGACCCAGCACAUGAUGCAAAUGAAGGAGGAGCUUGAGGCGCAGAAGAGCCUCCUGCAGGAGCUGAGAGGAGAGAAGGAGGUCUUAGAACAAAACCACCGCAGACUGACCACGGAGCUGAAGACGCUCAAGGACCAGACUGAGAAGGAGCUGAAGCAUCUGACUGAGGCCAAGCAGCUCCUGAUCCAACAGAAGAUGGAGCUGCAGGACAAAGUGCAGGCAGCAGAGGGCGCUCUGCAGCAGGAGCAGCAGGAGCAGCAGGCACUCAGAGACUCACAGAGACAGAAGGAGGAGGCUCUGCUCUCACAGACCUCAGCUCUGCAGCAACAGCUGGCAGCAGAGACGCAGCGCCGGGAGGAGCAGGUGAAGCGUGAGGAGGAGGCGGAGUCUAAACGGCGCCUGCAGCUGACGGCGCUGAACGAGAACGUAGCGACGCUGAAGAGAGAGACUCAGGGAAGUCAGCGCCGAGUCACCGAGCUGGAGAAACAGACGGACGAUCUGAGAGGAGAGAUCGCUGUGCUAGAGGCUACUGUACAGAACAACCAGGACGAGAGAAGAGCCCUGCUGGAGAGGUGUGUUAAAGGAGAAGGAGAGAUAGAGAAGCUUCAGACCAAAGUCCUGGAGCUCAGACGCAAAGUGGACGACACCACAGCCGCCAUGCAGGAGCUGGGCCGAGAGAACCAGUCCCUCCAGAUAAAGCAGUCGCAGUCGUUAACCAGGAAGUGGGCGGAGGACUGGGAGGUGCAGAGCUGUAUGUCGUGUGGGAAAGGCUUCUCUGUCACCGUCAGGAAGCAUCACUGCAGACACUGUGGGAACAUCUUUUGCGCCGAGUGUUCGUCGAGGAACGCGCUGACGCCGUCGUCUAAAAAACCUGUUCGAGUUUGUGAGACCUGCUUCGAGGACCUCCAAGGCUGA